ACAUAUUUGCAUUCAAUUUGAAAUGCCCUAUACAAUAUUUAAAUGAAAACAUCACAAAUGUCCAUUUUUUUAUUCUGUAACUAAGGACGCUUAAGUCGACGUGCGCGUGCGCAUUCGUGCGUAAAGGACGUUAGCGUCCAUUGCGCUGCCUUGAAAUGUUUGUCCGUUUCUUGUUAACAAACUAUUCGCGUUAAUGGGACGCGUUGUUCAACUACAUACGCGGGUGCGUUUGUCCGUCAUGAAGCUAACACGUAAACGGGUUCUUACCGAGGCCAAGGCCUCCCACUUGGAAAACGUAAGGAAACUGAACUGCUGGGGAUGUCAACUCACUGAUGUUUCUAUUUUAUCCCAGAUGCCAAACAUCGAAGUGCUGACACUAAGUGUCAACAGCAUCUCAUCGCUCUCCCCUCUGGCUGGAUGCUUGUCUCUGUGUGAGCUCUACUUGAGAAGGAACAUGAUCGCCUCACUCUCAGAGCUCUGUUAUUUGCGUCCGAUGGCACGUCUCCGAAUAUUGUGGUUGGCUGACAACCCUUGUUGUGGGGAUGACUCCGGUCGGUAUCGCCUGACAGUCCUGCGUUGCCUACCGCGGCUGCAGAAGCUGGACAACCGAGUAGUGACAGAGGACGAGAUCACGUUAGCCCACUUGGAGGGCGAGGAGAUGGGCACACCACCAAACGCAGGCCGGCACCAGCUUCCCACCAAUGGACUUACCGAUGCAGAGAAAGAGAACAACUCUCUCGGCCACAAGACGGAGGACACCAAUAAUAUCAGUGAGGAGUUGCGGAGCAAGCCCAUGUCAAGAGACAAGUUCCCCUCUCUUCAUUCUCAGUCAACCGGAUCAUCUAUGAAAAAGACCCACACUCUUGAUGCAGUGCUGCUGCUUCUGAGGGACUUGGAUCACGAGGAGCUCCGCGUUGUGCACACGGAGACGCAGAACCGACUCAGGACUUGCAAAGCGGACUCAUUAGAAACACUGCGAGAGUCACAACCGUCAAAAUCUGCUGACAUCCAACACUGAAAUAAUCCGAGCACGUACUGAGCCACAACUCUUUGCUACUUGCAAUUAACUGUUUUUUUGACUCGAUGGUCAUAAUACGCAAACCCUUUCUCCGUUUUGCACUAUUGCACGUGUUUACACAAUUCAAAUAUCCUCACUCAGCGGUCUACAAACCAAAUGAUGGCUUUCGUUUGUCAUAUCACGAAUGCUUGCCUUACAAGAACAACAUGAAUGACAUUAAAGGUCAAUCUAUUUCUGUAAUUAAAGUCAUUAAUUGCAAUGCAUUCACAUUGUUGAUUUUAUUAAUGCUGCUCAUACUUUCUGUGAAUAACAAGGGAAGAAUGGGGCAAACAGUCAAUCAUUUUGACCAUCAAAAUGUCAUUUGACUGUAUUAAAUUGAUAUGUACUGAGGGGUAUGUAACUGAUAUUAGACACGCCGUUUUUUUUUUUUUUUGUGAGCUGGAAGAAUUCAAUUUAGUGAUCUUUUCAGUCAGCCUCCUCAUUCUCCAAGUAGUCCAAUAGUGUGUUUGCAUUCACGGCGACCGUCAGGUACUCCACGCCAUCUGCACCCUGGACAAUGAAAUAAAUAGCUGUUAACAUGACUUGCUUGCCUCUUCAAUGAAAAUAGAAAAAUAGUGGGCUAAUACAGUGGAAGCUCUAAAUUUGAAUGCCACUUAAAAA